AUGAACGGCCGUCAAGCGAAGGUCAUCAACCAAGGCCAGGAGGAUGAAAUGGAGGUGUGGGGUUACAGGCCUUGUUGGUGGAAAAUCCUCCUGGUGGGUCUUGGUGCUGUUUGCUCCGGUGGUCUUCUUCUGCUGAUGCUCUACUGGCUGCCUCAGUGGGGGGUCAAGGCCACAUGUACACACACCUCACUGAAGGAGGCUCAAAGGCUUCUGCUCAGGACCACGGAUGACUUCGGGCGGUGGUUUCGUAUCAAAGUACGAGUUCUUUUGGCUCCAGGGAAGACGCCCUUUGAUGAUCUGGAGUCUACAUCUUGCUUACAAAAAGGAGAACUCUACCAUCGAGAGUUGGUUAAGAAAACAAAUCUGAAGCAAACGACUGACCCUGGUUCCUCCGUCUGCUCCGCCCAGGUCCACUACUUCACCCACCACAACAUCAAGUACUACUGGAAUGAAGACGCCCAGAACUUUGGAGCAUACAAGGGCUUGGAGGACACCAAUGUCAGCUGUGCAGACAUUCACACCAAACACAGCUCUGGACUGACGGGAGCCCUGCAGGAGUACAGAGCUUUGUUUUUUGGCAAGAAUUUGAUCGAUGUGAAAAUGCCGCCUUUAUUCAAGAUCUUCAUAAAUGAGGUCUUGAAUCCUUUUUACAUCUUCCAGCUCUUCGCUGUAAUCGUGUGGUGCCUCGAGAAACGUUAUGAAUUUGGUUUAUUCUUGCUUUUAUUGUCUUGUGCUUUAUUAGCCUUCUCGCUCUGCACCGUUAGAAAGCACCAUGUGAGACUGCGUGACAUGGUGCUGGCACACAGCAUGCUUCAAGUUUCCGUGUGCAGAAGAAAUGAAGACGUUGAACGGGUGAUGUCCACAGAGCUGGUGCUGGGUGAUGUUUUCACCAUUCCAACAAACGGGAUGAUGAUGCCUUGUGAGGCCGUGCUCAUCCGGGGCGCCUGCACUGUUGAUGAGAGCAUGUUGACAGGGGAGAGUGCUCCAGUUACCAAGACCAGUGUUCCCAGUUCAGGCGAGGAGGCGGACAGGAUCUACAAUACGGAGGAACACAAGCAACACACACUCUUCUGCGGCUCACAUGUUAUCCAGAGUCGUUGUGGGGCGGGUGAGCUGGUGAAAGUGGUCGUGGUCAGAACAGGCUUUAGCAUGGAGAAAGGUCAGCUGGUGCACUCCAUCCUCCACCCUAAACCCACCGACUUCAAACUGCAUCGUGAUGCUCUGCAUUUCAUGAUGUGCAUGGGGGGGUUGGGGGUGAUUGGCUGCAUCUACUCUGUUGUCCUCCAUGUCACACGGGGGGUUGCUCCUGAGAUUGUCGUCCAUGCUUCUCUUGGCCUCGUCACUGUCGCAGUGACCCCCAUACUACCAGUGGCCCUGACUGCCGGUCUUUUGAAUGCACAGCGCCGCAUGAAGCGAGUCGGUAUCUUUUGUACCAGUCCGCAGAGAAUCAACAUCUCUGGUCAGUUGAACCUGAUCUGUUUUGACAAGACUGGGACUCUGACUGAGGACAGUUUGAACCUGUGGGGUAUUCAGAGAGCUAAGGAUGGCAUGUUUUCAUCUCCAGAGACUGAGGUGACUACAGAGACUCUGGCAAAGACGUCGUUUGUCGCCUGCAUGGCAACCUGCCACUCCCUAGUCCGCAUAGAGGACAAACUCUGUGGAGACCCUCUAGACCUCAAGGUGUUCAACGCCACCGGUUGGAUCCUUGCGGAACCAGCAGAAGAACAACCUGCCCUUCACGAUGAUGACAUUUCCACUGUUGUGAAACAUCCACAGCAGGGGGUAGAGCUCGGCAUAGUGCUCCACUUCCCCUUCUCCUCGACGCUGCAGAGGAUGAGUGUGGUGGUCAGACAACUGGGACAAAAACACUUUGACGUCUACCUGAAAGGAGCCCCAGAGACCGUGGUUAACCUCUGCAAGCCACACACAGUCCCGCAGAGUUUCACAGAGACGUUGGAGACUUACACCCGACAGGGUUUCCGCGUCAUUGCGCUGGCACAUCACCAACUGGAGUCCAUACUCUCCUGGCCUGAAGUCCAGAACCUCAGUCGAGAGCAGUUAGAGACCAACAUGGACUUCCUAGGCUUGAUCAUCAUGCAGAACAAAAUCAAAGAACAGACUGCUGGGGUGUUGCUUGACUUGCGACGAGCCAACAUUCGGACUUUGAUGGUCACAGGUGACAACAUGUCUACAGCGUUAUCGGUGGCCCGAGACUGUGGGAUGGUUCCAGACCACGAGAACAUUAUCAUUGCUGAUGCUGUGCCUCCAAACGAUGAGAACCCUGCGAGGAUCACAUGGCGCUACUCUGACAACCGUGUUGUGAGAAACAAGAAGACACCCAGGGUUAUUUUCGCCGACGAGGGAAUGCAAGGAGAAGACCCAGCGGGAUAUCACUUCGCUGUGAGUGGUCCAGCCUUCGCGGUCAUCGCUGAACAUUUCCCACAACUUCUCCCCAAGUUCCUCCUGAGAGCCACUGUGUUUGCUCGAAUGACUCCGGACCAGAAGACUCAGCUGGUACAAGGCCUACAGAGCAUGGAUUACAUUGUCGGGAUGUGCGGGGAUGGCGCUAACGAUUGUGGGGCCCUGAAGAAAGCCCACGUUGGGAUCUCUCUGUCCGAACUGGAGGCCUCUGUGGCUUCUCCCUUCACCUCAGCCAUUCCAAACAUCUCCUGCGUUACCAACCUCAUCAAGAAAGGCCGAGCUGCUCUUGUAACGUCUUUCUGUGUCUUCAAAUUCUUGGCCCUGUCCAGCAUCAUCGUGACCUCCGGCAUGCUUCUGCUCUACUGGGUUUUAAGCAGCUUUGGAAGCGUCCAGUUCAUUUGUAUGGCCAUCGGUAUGAGUGUAUCUUUGCCUUUUACAAUGAGUAUGAACCCUGCAAGGAAGAAGCUGGUGCGACGUACCCCACCGACGAAUCUCAAGUCGGGCCUGGUUGUCUUCUCAGUUUUAUCUCAGAUGCUCAACUGCCUGCUCUUCCAGCUUCUGACUUUCUUCUUAGUCCAACAGCAGAGCUGGUACGACACGCUGGAGCCAGUAUGGAUCAACAAGUUCCGAACCCAUGGGAGUGUUAACAACCUCAAUCGUAAAGAUACUGACGGACAAUCACACUCUGGACGACCGAAAUCAUCAAGGACACCACAGAACGUUGAUGCAGUCAGAGACUCUGUUGUUCGCAAGUCUGUGCGUCGACGAAGUCAGGAGCUUGGAAUGAACCGAGAGUCUGUGCGGAGAAUUUUGAUCGCAGUUCUCCACCUCUAUCCUUAUGGAAUACAGAUUCAACAAAAGCUUACACCUGCCGACAAGAGGAUACAAGUGAUCAUGUGCCAGUGGUUUUGCGAUAAGAUUGACGCUGCGCCAGACUCCCUUGACAAUGUCUGGUUUUCGGAUGAGGCACAUUUUCUGCUGUCAGGUCAUGUGAACUCUAAGAAAAACAUCUUCUGGGGUAGCACACCUCCUGAGACUUCGAGGUCCUGUAAUGAGAACAGCACAGUAGUUGAAUUUGAAGAGGCGUAUGUCAAGAAAUUUGAAAACACCUCCCUGUUCUACGUUACGUCCUUCCAGUACUUGAUUGUAGCCAUUGUCUACUCCAAAGGAAAACCUUUCAGACAACCAAGCUACAAAAACUGGCCAUUUGUGUUGACCUGUGCCUCUCUCUAUGUUUUUUAUUUGUUCGUCAUGCUGUAUCCCCUUCCCGCCAUAGACAACGCUUUGCUGAUCGUGUGUAUUCCCUACGACUGGCGCAUUACACUACUCAUGAUUGUAAUGGCACACACGGUUGUCGCCUUCACACUGGAGGUUUUAAUUGUUGAUACCUUGUGGAAGAUCGUUCAAUCCAAGCUGGCCACCAGAGCCUUGACUGCUCACACAACACAGAUGGUGAACGGGCCUUGGGGGUGGAACUUCCUCUCCUGGAUGCUGUGUUGCAAAAAUCGUUCGCCCAAGACGAAAUACAAACUUCUGACUCUGGAGCUGCAGGAGCUGACUGACUGGCCUCCUGCACCGUCCACUAUCACCUACGCCGGGACACCUCAGUACCUCAUUGCUGACCCCUAAUUACUGCAACAAUCCGCUUUUAAAGUACCAUUUUAUACAAUUUUUAAAAACAAUUUUAGGCUCGAUAAUGAAAUAUUGGAAGUGUUUUACCCAAAUUAAAUUAUACUGAGAACACACGGGUGUCAUGAUCCGUUGCCCGGAUCAUGCUUUGUUCAGUUUGACAUUUCUUUAAGUGGUGAUUAGUUCUGUUUCAGUUUUCUUUGAUGCCAU